AUAACUGUAGAAUGACCAAGAAAGUGAAAGUAGAAUUCACUUACAGUGUACACGUAAACUUCCUGAUACAAUAUAUCCAGUCCGUUGAAUAAAAAUGCAGGGCAUGUACAGUACGAGAAGUCCAGCCGUAAAGAGACUGAUGAAAGAAGCGCAGGAACUCAGUGAAGCUACCGAACAGUACUACGCACAGCCUUUAGAUGAUAAUUUGUUUGAGUGGCACUUUACAAUAAGAGGUCCCUCCGACUCAGAUUUCGGUGGGGGUCUCUAUCACGGGAGGAUCGUCCUUCCACCAGAUUAUCCCAUGAAACCCCCAAGUAUCAUUCUUCUGACACCCAAUGGGAGGUUUGAGACCAACAAAAAGAUUUGCCUCAGUAUCUCGGGACAUCAUCCAGAAUCGUGGCAGCCAUCUUGGUCUAUCAGGACAGCACUGCUCGCCAUUAUUGGGUUCAUGCCUACUCACGGUGCAGGAGCCAUAGGGUCACUGGACUACACAUCAGAGGAAAGAAAGAGGCUCGCUAACAGGAGCAAAGAAUGGAAGUGUUCUACAUGUGGAAAUAUAAGUUGCAUACUGAAGGCAAUGACAGAAGAGACCGAGGAAUCUAAAAAGACUUCUGAAGAAGCUAAAGAACUAGCCAGCCAAAUCAAUUUUCAGGCUGAGAAAAAACAGGAAGACAGUGCAAAUAGGAAAAGUGGGGAGACAACUCCCACACCGUCUAUACAACAACCAAAUCCUCAGAUGCCAGCGAACACACCAAAUCCCUUCCUAGGUGGUGGAUUUCCAUUUCCAUCUCCACUCAUGUGCAUGCCCAAUACGUCUCCUUUUCAGAUGCCUCAAGGAGUGGUAGGUAAUGCCACUGUGCCACGCUUCCCUCCCCCUCCCCCAUUUAUACCAGGAAUGUUUCCCCCAGGCAGUGGUCAAAAUGCUUUUAUGCAACAGUGGCAAAUGAACCCUUUUAUGAUGGGCAGGUUUCCAGUUCCUCCAGCAAUGUUUCCUGGACAGUUGCCCUUUUCUUUGCCCUCCCAGCAAUUUACAUUUGCCCCAUCACCUGCAUCACGAAGUGGUAUACCUGGGAGUCAGUCGGAGACUCCAAGCAGUAGACCUCAAUCCAGUCCUGUGUCUGCUGCAGUGAAGCCUCAGACAACAGGUGUCACCACCUCUCAAAACGCGUCCCAAAAUAUCCCGAAUAAAAACUCGUCAUCUUCUACAGAAGACAGUGUGUCUAAUGAUGUUAAAGAAUCGAGUGCCCCUAGUGAAAUCUCUACCCAAGGAUCUGAAAAUCCCAAGCAAGAACCAGAGAAAUGUCCACCAGGGACCGAGUCAAUCCCAGAAUCCUCUACAUCAUUGCCACAGCAACCAACACCUCAAAGGUCAAAUGAGGGAGUGAGACAGAGGUUGGUGGAAGAUAAUGAGGCGGUAAGACGGACAAUACCGACAGGAAGAGUGGGACAAAGUGCUGAGCUGAGGGACUACCAGACCAGGCAAUCCGGCCUCAGUGUAUCCAGUCUCAUAAUAUUCAUCAUUGGAUUAACAAUAGCAGUACUUCUAAUACGGCGUUUCUUCUUGUCACGAAACUGGAGGUUCUACUAUGGUGUAUGAAUACAUUCAGUAAGGGAGUGGAAUUAUGUAAAUGGGGAUGUAUGCUCUGCAUGUUGCUUAGUGGUUGUUUAAUUGUGAUAAUUCUAGCGGCUAAUAAUGCUUUGAAUAGACUUUAUUUUAAUGAAUUUAAAUUUCAGUAUUAUAUUGGAAUUACUGAUUUAGGAGUUCCAUUUGGUAAAAAGAAGCAUUAUUUUAAGUAUUAUAUUAUCUGGCAGUGUAACUACAGGAUAUUCACUGUUCUGUUGUUGGGUAUAAAAUUUAUAUCUUAAAUACAAUAACAGUUUUUAAAAAUGUUUUUUAUUAGGGAAUGGUAUAGUAUAGACCUCUACAAUGAUUUUUAUUAUAGACAAAAUUACCGGUUCCUGUGGCUUCACAGGUGACACAGAAAAUUCUUCUCUCAUGAAUGAAGUGAAUUCCAUAUCCACCUGGUACAGGACAUUGAAUUUGUGUUGCAUAUUGCAUUUUCCAGUUUCUUGUAUUUGAAAUUUGUGACCCCAAAACAACAUUGGGGCAGAUAAUGAAUUUGUCUUUUCACUUUCAUGAUUUGAUUUCAUGAUUUUCUACUUCUUUGAGUUUUCAUGUUUUUUUUUUCCAUUAUGACAAAGCUGUGAAUAAAUACUAAAAGAUGACCAAAAACUUCAAAUGUUUAAAACUAAUUAAAAGCGAAAGUAAAACUACAUUUAAGCCAUGACUGGCAUUUUUUUUAAUGUGAAAAUAAUACUACUGAAAAUAGCACUUUUAUUCAAUGCAGAAAUUCAUGUCUGAAAAUGUGAUAAACCUAUUUAUAAGUGUAGUUAGUGGAAAUUGAAUAUAUGUUUCCUUUGUAUAUACACUUAUUAGGAACAUUUGUACAAUAUUUGUUUAUACCUCAAAAUUUUGGGCGCACGGUUGCACAUACAAAAUGUAGGUUAUAUAAGUUUAAUUGAUAGUUAAUGUCUUGUUAACAAUAUGUAAAUGUAGUUAAUCACAAGGUAACUGCUCGUAAAAGUUAACAAGUGUGUGUGACUGGUUACAGAAGUUUUAUACAUCUGUAGAAUUGUGAAAGCUGCACAAAUUAUGCAUGUUGGCUAGAUUCUGUCUGGCAUGUAGUUUACAUGAUGGAAUAAAUUCAAGUUUGGAUAAUGGU